CUUCACCAAUGGCUUCCCAAUUUGCAAUGUUAAGAGAUGUCAGACCAUACAAGACAUCUUGGCGUGUCCAGGUUAAGGUGCUCCAUUCUUGGCGCCAGUAUACCAACAACACAGGUGAAACCCUUGAGUUGGUCCUCGCUGAUUCACAGGGUGUCAAGAUUCAUGCUUCUGUGAAGAAGGAUUUGGUUGCUAAAUAUGUUAACAGCCUACAAGUGAAUGAGUGGAAGUUCAUUGAACAUUUUACACUUACUCAUGCAGCAGGGCAAUUCAGACCAACCGGUCAUCUAUACAAGAUGUCCUUUGUGAAUGGCACUACUGUGACACGGUCUGACAUUGUCUCUGAUUCAAGCUACUUAACUCUGGCAAGGUUUAGCAGAAUACAGAAUGGCGAUUUAAAUCCUUACAUGUUGAUUGAUGUCAUGGGUCAAGUGGUGAAUAUUGGUGAGCUAGAGGUCCUUGAAGCUAAUAACAAGCCAACCACUAAGCUUGACUUUGAGUUGCGUGAUGAACAUGAUGAUAGGAUGUCAUGCACACUCUGGGGGGCAUUUGCUGAAAAAAUGUUUCAAGCAUGCCAAGCAGCUGAUGGAAUCAUGGUGAUCUGUGUUAUCAGAUUUGCAAAGAUUAAGGCAUACAAAGGUGUUAGGAGUCUCUCUAAUUCCUUUGAUGCCUCACAAGUUCACAUCAAUCCACCUUUCCCUGAGAUUGAAGCUUUCACCAGAGCUCUCCCCUCUGAUGGUCUAGCCUUAACUUUCCGUGAAAGUGUUCCUAAGUUCCAGAUGGUUACAGUGAAUAAGGAUGAUGAUUGUCUUCAGUUUGAAAGGAAUACAAUAUCAGAUCUUUUUAACUCAACAGAGGUUUGUAUUUGUUUGAGUUAUUCAUAUAGCAUUGUUAUCUACUUUAGUGUGUGAAAUCUCAUUAAUUACCUAUACCCUGUAGAUUGGAAAGGCUAGAGUUAUCUGCACAAUCUAUGGAAUUGAUACAGAUUGGGCUUGGUAUUACUUUAGUUGCCGUAACUGUAAUAAAAAGGUCACUCACAUUCAUUCUGGAGUGAAUACUGCUUCCAUGAAGAAACAAAAGCCAAAGUUUUGGUGUGACGUCUGCAGGAAUGAUGUCACUAAUGUUGUAGCAAAGUGAGACUUCUUUUCUUAAUCUGAUAAUAAUGCAUAUUUAUAAGUUUGUGUUUUUUCUUUGAAAUAAUUACUAAUAUGACUUCUCUUAUUGAAGGUACAUGCUAUAUGUUAAGGUGAUGGAUAACACUGGUGAAACAAAAUGUCUUUUGUUUGACAGUAUAUGCUCAAAAAUUGUUGGUGAAACUGCUGCAUCAUUGCUAGGUGGAUCAUUCAAUGAGGUAACAUUCUAUUAUGUGAAUUAUAUAUGUAAUUGAUAUAUAUGAAACAUUCAACUGAUAAGUACUAAUUUCCUUAUGUAGAUUGAGGACCCUAAUGAUUUGCCUGACGUAAUAAGGAAUUUGGUUGGCAAGACCUUUCUCUUUCUGCUAUGUGUUGAGAAAGAAAACAUUUGGGAUGGUAAGGAUUCUUUCAAGGUUUCAAGAAUCCUAAACAAAGAUGGACUCUUGCAAGAAGAUGUCCUUGAGGAAUCUGAACAAUUGGUUAAUCCUGCCUCAAUUGUUUCUGGAGAUCAGGUAACAUUUUUUAACUAUCUAAUCUCCUUAAAAUUAUAUCAACUAUCUCUCCUACUGAUAAUCUCUAUAUUCAGUGUCUCAUGUUAACAAUGAGUCAAGACACGUCUGACUCAUCUACUCCAUCUUCCAAGCGUGUUUAUGCUCCUAAUCUGUCUGAGUCAGAGCAAUCCUCCAGUUCUAAGAAGGUGUGCA